UCAAAAACGCAAAAAUAAUUAAAUUUGAUGUAAGCGGCCAGAAAAUAGAAAUGUCAACAUUUACUUCCUUUAAAUAUGCGGUUAUUAUAACUGUCAUCCUUUUUGCCUGUUCGAUUUCUAUCAGUGGAAGUGCCCAGGAUAAUGCUGAUGUAAGUACCACAGUUCCUAAUUUGCCAACUGAAGAUGGUGAUGCAGAUGUUGUCAUUGACAACUCAACUACAACUGUGAAAACAUUGACUACCCCUGUGCCAGACUAUCCAUGCCCGGACAAUGCCCCCUGUGAGAACCUGGGAGCAUCUUGUAUUGACUGUAAGAUGAACUUCUACUGUGUGUAUGGUCGGAUACUGACUGCACAGUGCUCACCCAAGCCUUAUGUCAAUUGCACAGGUAACAAGACUUUCCGUAGGCCGUAUGAGUGUCGCUACAGCUAUCAACUCUCCCGGGACCAGUAUGCCUGCAACAUGCACAAAGCCACCACCUGCGACAUGAAGAGUGCCCCGCCAGAGACUUUUCUUGCAACGUGUAGCGUCAAUGAAGAUGUUAUCUGCUUAGGAAACAGAACAUUCCAAAAAAGGUUCCCUUGUAACUGGACAAGUGGGUUUAAAUGGUUGACAGCAUUAACGCUCAGUGUAACACUGGGAGGAUUUGGAGUGGACAGGUUUUACCUGGGGAUGUGGAAGGAGGGGAUCGGCAAACUGUUUAGCUUUGGAGGCCUAGGGGUAUGGACCAUUGUGGACGUUAUACUGAUAGCAGUCGGAUAUGUGGGACCGAUAGACAGCUCAUUGUACAUGUACCCCUGGGACCUGUUAUGAUACAGCAGCAAUGUGAAAUGUGUGCUCAAGUGUUCAGACAGGAGGAAUGAACAUUAUAUUCACUAGUUUGAAGACUUCCAUAACUGCAGAAUGAACUGUUUACAAGUCCAAGUCUUCAAAUAUGUGGUAUGUGGCGUGAGCCAAGCAGGAUAUGUGCAUGGCACAUAUGAUAGAAUUUAUCUGUGAUUGACAUCUGAGUCUACAAACAUGACAAUGAUGAUGUGAAAUUUUCCAUCCAUUGGCGAUGAGAUGGAUAUAAUGAAGGUGCAUCUUGAUGAAUGCAUAUGCAGCUCAACUGGUAUUAAUAGUUAUGAAUUACCUGUCAUCAAAAUUUAUUCUAUGAUUAAUGAGGCCGUUAAAGAUCUAGCUUAAUAUUGAUUUCUCAAUAAAAGUUAAAAAGACUGUUUUGGAUCUGAUAAUGUGAGCUCUUGGCAACGUACUGGUUACUUCAAGAACAUUCCAAGUUUGCAUACAUGUACCUAUUGGAUUUUAACAUACACUAUCAUAUGAAAUGAUUUAUUGUUAUAUAAUACUAUUAAAUAACAAAAAAGAUGAAUUUCAUUUUCGAACUUUUAUUUUACAUGGCAAUUGUUAACAUUUCAUAGUACUGAGCAUAAUAAUUACAACUAUGUACCUUGGAUGUAUAUGUUUCUAAAAUUGCUAAAAAACCUUACUUUGAUUGUAUAUUAUUGUUACAUAUAAUUAUAUAUAUAUAUAUAUAUAUACACAUGCAGGUUUUUUUCCAAUCAGGGAGACAAGAAUUGAUACGAUGCCAAAAUCUGAUACUGACUGCCCUUGUUUAGUUCAAGUCCAGGAGUAAAUGUUUGUCUGUGUUAUCACUGUAACGGAUUUUAGAAUAUAUAAUAUCAGGGCGGUUGGGCGUCAUGUCAAAUGUCUGAAUGUUGUCAUGUUCGGGGAGUGCAAUAUUUGGAAGAAUUAUUUCAAUCGGAGCUUCAAAUUCAAAGUACAAUUCCUUGUUCAGUCAUUGUUCAGUCACAUGUUUAUCUAUGCAUGUUUCAGGAAUAUGUAUUGUCAAUGAAACAUUGUGACCAUUUGUAUGGAGGCGAAAUACAUACAGCAUGAAAGGGAUGAUAAGUUCAGGAUCUUUUCUGAAAUCCAGAGCUUUCAAAGUCAGACUAUGGCACAGUUUUUGCUGGAUAUUGUAAUAUAAUAAAUAUGAAUGUAUAAACUUUUGUUAAAUCAAAGUUAACGUAAUAAAAGUUUUUGAAAUAUU